GCUCAUUCAGCGUGGCGAGGACGGUCUAGAGCAGAGAAGACUUGGGCGGGAUGCUAUGCUCGAUCUGCCUCGAGCGAGAUGCUCCAUCCUUUUGUAUGCUUUGUCCAUGAUCGACCCGUCCGGUGUUGUGGGAGGAUCCAGCAUCGCUCUCGCCUGGGUCUUGAAGAGCUCGAUGCCCAUCUCGGCCCUACAGCUACGGUGGACUUGGGCUUUGGCAGACGGAUCGAAUCUGAGGGUCUUAGAGGGCGACCAGGCUGAACCAUCAGCUACCACGAAGCUUCCAGCAAACACCAACGAGAGGUCUCUCCGUCAUCUCCACCCUGGUGGCUCUUUGCAAGCUCAGACCUGAAGAACCCCGGACAAGCUGGCAGUUGGGGAGCCGUCCAACCGGAGCGGCUGUCAGCCCUAUCCCAGCCCCUUGAUGCCUC